AAAGCAUUGGGAGGCCAAGUUGAAAUUGUUCAGCAACGACGUCUUUGUCCUCUUCACCAUCACUUCGACGUCCAUACCGUCGAGAGUGUGCGCGUGUCCGCAAGCUUAGGCCGAGGCUGCCAUCAACUCGCGGCGAGAACAGCAGCUGACAAACACUGCGCUUCGCUCCAUCAUGAGCUCCAAUCAAGAUCAGCCAUACAAUGCCGAGGCGCCUCCAUCAUCCGCAGGGGCCCCUGGCGCAGAAGCAGCAGAUGAAUCAAGAUCCGCCCUUGCUCCCGCUCCCGCCGUCGCCUCAACGGAUCAUGGUGGGAAGGCAGGCCUCCAGGGUGGCUCGCAGCUUCAAAAGCAGACCAGCACCGGUACAUGGGGUGAACGAGCGACUGGGGAACCAGUCGACCCCAAGCAAGCCAUGCAAGACUUCCAGCUCGCCCGCGAAGAGAGCCGACAAUCCCGAUCCAGCAUGCCGCGCAGCAUGGGACGCAUGCUCAGCAGGUCGCGCACUGGCCGUCAGUCCGAGAUCGUGGAGAAGACGCACGAGGGAGACAAGUCGGAGGAGGAGAGAGGUUUUGAUCUCGGUGAAUGGAUGCUUGCCCGCAAGGCUCAGCGCGAGGAGCAAGGUGUUCACAGCGAGAAGCCACUGGGCGUAUCAUGGCGCAAUGUCAACGUCGUGAGCCCGACAGGAGCUGGCGCCAAGGUCUUCGUCAAGACUCUACCCCAGGCCAUCGUCAACACGGCGACCAGGGAUCCCAUCAAUGUCCUCUCCAACCUGAUUCCACCUCUUGGUAAGAUGAUGGGCCCCAAGACGACACCCACACCAAUCAUCCACGGCCACGACGGUGUCCUCAAGGCCGGUGAGAUGCUCCUCGUCCUCGGUCGUCCUGGGUCCGGAUGCUCUACCACGCUUCGAGCCUUGACAAAUAGCUCUCACGCCAACUUGACCACCCAGGGAUCCAUCACCUACGGUGGUCUCACUCCUGGCGAGAUCGCACGCAAGUAUCGCGGCGAGACCAUCUUCGUCGAUGAGGACGACAUCCACUUUCCGACCAUGACCGUCGAGCAGACGCUGCGCUUCGCUCUCAUGUGCAAGGUGCCUCACCGCUCUUCGCGUCUACGUGACGAGGGCCGUGGAGCGUUCAUCGACCUCAUUAUUGAGGUUCUCUUGAAAAUGUUUGCUAUGACGCACGUACGCAAUACCAUCGUCGGUGACGCUGCCGUACGCGGAGUCUCCGGCGGUGAGCGCAAGCGUGUCACUCUUCAGGAGGCCUUGGCUACCGACGCCUCGGUGAUGGCCUGGGACAAUUCCACUCGAGGUCUCGACGCAUCAACCGCCCUCGACUACGCCCGCUCCUUGCGCGUCAUCACCGACGUUGGCCAACGCACUACGAUGGCCACCCUCUACCAAGUCUCUGAGAGCAUCUACGACCUCUUCGACCGCGUGUCCGUCAUCGACGAGGGCCUGUGCAUCUACUACGGGCCCCGAGAUCAGGCGCGACGCUACUUUGAAGAGCUCGGCUACUACUCUCCGCCUCGCCAGACUACGUCUGACUUCGUCUGCGCUGUCACCGACCCCAACCAAGUUAUCUUUCGUGAGGGCUUCGAGAAGAAGGCGCCCCGCACCGCCGAGGAGCGCGAGAGCGCUUGGAAGUCUAGUCAGCUUUACAAGGAUCUGCUGGCCGAGGUUGACCAGUACGAGACGGCGGUCAAGAACAACGAGGUCCGCGAGGCCGAGAAUCUCAAGGAGAGGGUUCGCGCCAAGAAGAACAAAGGUGUGCGCCACAGCUCGCCCUACACCGUUAACUACUGGGAUCAAGUCAAGGCAUGCAUGUACCGCGAUCUCCUCGUCAAGUGGGGCGCCCGAGGCGAUCUCUACAUCAAGUUCUUCACCAUUGUCUCCGUCUCCCUCAUGAUCUCGUCACUAUUCUACAAGCAGAGCAUGGACUCGACUGGCGCCUUUACUCGCGGAGGUGUCGUCCUCUUCGCCUGUCUCUUCAACGGUUGGCUCCAGCUCUCCGAGUCGUACGAGGCUGUUGCUGGCCGACCGAUGCUCACGCGUCAUGGACAGUUCGCCUUCUAUCGACCAUCGGCCGUUUCCAUCUCAAGAGCACUCGUCGACAUUCCAUUCUUGGUCGUGCAGUGCGUGGUCUCGACGAUCAUCAUCUACUUUUUGGCCAACUUGCGUGUCAAUGCGGGCGCCUAUUUCAUCUUCCUGGUCUACACAUUCCUCUGCGCCUACAACCUCACAGCCCUCUACCGAGCCUUUGCCGCGUUCUCGCCCGGUUUCAACGAGGCCAUUCGCUUCUCGGUACUGGGCCUCAACUUGAUCAUCAUCUUCGUCGGCUACGUCAUCCGUCGCCCGCAGAUGAACUGGCUCAUCUGGCUCAAUUACGCCAAUGGUAUCUCGUACGCAUUUGAGGGCAUGCUCGCCAACGAGUUCAAGUACCCAAUCGAAUGCAAUCCUUCGCAGAUCGUGCCCUUCAACGCUGCGCGCGAUGCGACCUACCAGACGUGCUCUCUCACGGGUGGCAGGCCCGGGUCGCUCGUGGUCACCGGCGAGGACUACCUAUCUACCACGUUCAACUAUAGCCAGUCGAGCGUCGGACCCAAUAUCGGUGUCGUCAUCGCCUUCAGCGCUCUCUACCUCAUCGUGACGGUCAUUGCGUCCGAGGUCAUGAACUACGGCGGCGCAGGCGGUGGUGUCACCGUCUUUGCCAAGACCAAGGCGGCCAAGCGGGAAGUUGCGGCCACUAAGCCGCCCAACGCCGAUGACACUGAAGCAGCCGCUGCACCCGCCGACCGCACAUCAUCGCAUUCUUCAUCCAAUGCCACGCCCGUCGACUCACAACCUCCUCAGGGCGGCUUCGAACAGGCGAACAAGAAUGGCGAGAAGCAGACUGGCGGUCUUGAGCGUAUCAAGACGCAUGAGGACAAGCCCAUCUUCACCUGGUCGGACAUUCAGCUCGAGCUCGCUACUGGACGUAAGCUCCUUCAGCACGUUGACGGCUACGUACGACCCGGUACUCUCACCGCUCUCAUGGGUGCAUCAGGAGCAGGCAAGACAACAUUGAUGACCGCUCUCAGUCAGCGAGGAGCUGCUGGAGCCCUCUCUGGCGACAUGCUCGUUGACGGCAAGCCCCUCGGUCCUGGGUUCCAGAAGAGUACUGGCCUCGUCCUUCAAGCGGACGUUCACCUGUCGACACAAACCGUUCGCGAGGCAAUCGAGUUCAGCGCUCUGCUGCGCCAGCCUCGCGAGGUUCCUCGGGAGGAGAAGUUGCGCGACGCUCAGCACGCCAUCGACCUCUUAGAGCUCGGCGACUUGGCCGACGCUCUCAUCGGUACCCCUGGUGCUGGUCUCGGCGUCGAGCGACGCAAGCGUGUUACCAUUGCGGUGGAGCUCGCGGCCAAACCCGACCUGCUUCUCUUCCUCGACGAACCUACCUCAGGACUCGACUCAGCUGGCGCUGCUUCCAUCUGCAGACUGUUGCGUCGUCUAGCAGAGGACGGCCAGGCUAUCUUGUGCACGAUUCACCAGCCCAGUGCCCUCCUCUUCGAGUCAUUCGACAACGUCCUCCUUCUGGCCCCCGGCGGUAGGACCACCUACUUUGGCCAGAUUGGCGAGCAGCACGGCCACGGCUCCGACCGCAUCCGAACCUACUUUGAGCGCAACGGUGCCGACCCUUGCGACCCUACGGCCAACGUCGCCGAGUACAUCCUCGAGGUCGUGUCCGGCGGCAAGUCCAAGGGUAUCAACUGGGGUGACGCAUGGCUCAAUUCGGAGGAGUGCUGCAACGUCCGCUCAGAGAUCGACCAGAUUGUCAAAACGCGCAAGGAGCGACCAGAGAAGGUCGACCCUCGUGCUCAGAGAGAGUUUGCUACCCCUCUCGGCGAGCAGUUCCGAGAGGUCACGCUGCGUCAGUUCAAGGAUCUCUGGCGCGAGCCGUCGUUCGCGUACGCCAUCCUCUUCUCCAACUUCGUCACUGGUCUCGUCGCUGGUGGUGCCUUUGCUCAUCUCGGCCUAAGCCCCACCGAUUACCAGAAUCGCGUCUUCAUUGAGUUCUUGGUUAUCCUCAACUUCCCCUCGGUCGUCAACUCGAUCAUUGCCAAGUUCUUCGAGCUCCGCAUGCUGUUCGAGGUGCGCGAAUCGGCAAGCAAGAUCUAUCACUGGAGUGCAAUGCUCGGCGCUUUCAUCGUAGUCUCAGCGCCCGUCGCAGUGGUUUCGAGCAUCAUCUACUGGCUUCCCUCCUUCUACAUCCCCUACUACUCACAGCCGAGCUACAAGGCGGGAUACUUCUAUCUCAUGGUCCUCCUCAUCAACCUCUUCGAGAUCGAGUUUUCACUCAUGCUUGCCGUCUCAUCUCCUACGCCGGUGACGGCUGCCAACUUGCUCCCUUUCAUGCUGCCGAUCCUUGCGAUCGUCAAUGGUGUCAUUGUGCCGCACAACAUGAUGCCGCAGCCCUGGAAGGCAAUCUACUGGGCCAAUCCCUUGACCUACUACCUCAAGGGCACCAUCGGUACGAUGCUGCACGGUACGCCCGUCAUCUGCAACGAGGAGGACAUUGCGCGCUUCAACCCCCCGCCGACGCAGAGCUGCGAUGCAUACGCGGGGGCCUGGGCACAGCAAGCUGGCGGCUACCUUGUCAACCCGGCUGCUACCACCAACUGUGGCUACUGUCAGUACUCGGUUGGCGAUCAGUUCGCAGCUACGCUCAGUGCCCCCUUCGACUUCAGAUGGAAGGCCUUCGGCAUCUUCCUCUGCUACGUCGCGGGCAACGUGGCUGCGGCCUUUGUCCUCUUCUGGUGGUUCCGCAUCAAGGGCUAUGGUCUGGGUGUUGGGCCGGUCAAGAAGCUCGUCAUGAAGCCCUUCCAGUCCAAGAAGGGCAACUGAGACGAGAUUGCGCAGUCUCUUUCAACUUCUUUGUUCAUUCUGCUUGAGUGCGAGCAUUUUUAAUUCAAAUAGAGCUUUCCGACCCG